AUGUACCACAUACCGAAACGAGAACUGCGAAUGAACAGGUUCUGUAAUAAACAUAUUAUGUUAUUGUCGGCAAACGUUGGCGUCGUUGCCCAUAAUCGACCAAAAAGAUUAGUACGAGACUGGGCCCCACUGGUAUGGCUGGCACCUGGAGAACAGUUUCUGCCUCUCGGGGUACCCGAGUUCCUAGACAACAUGCAAACCGACGAUGACUACCUUCGUACCAGUAUCGACGUAGAAACGUUGUUAAGGAAUCGAUCCUCCUUCUUGUACGGUCGGAAGCCAGCGGAUUCGGUGCCUGUCUACGCUGUGAUCAAGAAUUGCCUCAAUCCUUUGGAGGCUUCCAAGGACGCGAUAAAAUCAACGGCGGCGAGAGAAGAGAAGAAAUUAUGGAAGAAAGGGAGCGAGGUGAUGAUACACUCGCGAAAUGCGCUCGUGGUGGAUGAUUUUGGGUCGUCGAUGAUCUUGACCAACGAUCUCCCGGGGAAAGUUUGGAAGAGCGACUCUAAACUUGGCGCGGAGAAAACCGUAGAUUUCGAAAAAAAGAAGAAAAAAGGGAACAGGUCCCGGAAGCUGCGCUUUCACGUGACCUAUUGGAUGUUCUAUCCGUUCAGCGAGGGAAAGGCAGUCUGUGUUCUGGAUCUCGGAUUUUUUGGUAGCUGGCCGAUACCCACUGUAGGCGGAAUGUGCCUUGGAAUCCUCAAAGAGUAUGGCAGUCACGUGGGCGAUUGGGAACACAUGAGUCUUUAUUUCAAGGAUGCCAGUCACCCUUCAGCGAUGUACGUGUCCGCCCACGACGCUGGAGCGUUCUACAGAUACGAUCUACGAAGUGGUACCUUCGUUUACGAAAGUCAAGAGACGCGCAAAGGGAUCUUUCAAAAGCCCAUCUUCCCAGAAAGAGUUUUCACCGCUGGCGGUUCGCACCCGAUACUGUUCAGCGCUCGUGGAUCUCACGGACUCUGGACAGCGCCAGGAAAACACAAAUUCGUCAGGUUACCCCGCUUGUACGACGAAAGCGGCUUCGGUACGGCUUGGCCGACGUGGAAGAAGAUGGAAAUGCUUCUGAAAGAGGACAAUGGCAUUCUACCGACUUGGAUGACUUUCAGGGGCAAGUGGGGCAAUCCCAAAAGCAAUUGUCAUCCUCUGGCCAAGCUUGGCUUCAAUAUCUGCGAAUUCGUCGACGGACCCACCGGCAUUCCCAUGAAAAAGUCAAGUUUUCGGUGCUGACGCUAACAAGGUGACCUCUAUCCUUAGCAAGGUCCAAGUUUUGUU